UGGGCGAUAUCGUUUUAAUCGAAUAUUCCAACAAGCCUAACAAUUUUUGAUAAGCAAUUCAUGAACCUUGGUUAUUUAAUCUCGUUACAACAUUAGAUGUUUGAAAAAGAAUGGAAAAUUACAUGAGGAGAUUGGUGUUAUUUUCAGUUUUUGUAACAAUAGUGGCCGUAGUCUACGGACAACAGUGUAACGUUGUACCUAAGUGCACGUGCAAAUACGGCGAUGAAGAUGUUGACGUAGAAGAGCAGGACACGGGCAACGAAGCCUUGGCCGGCGCCGUUGGUGCUUUAGGGUCCGUUGUAGUCAGUGGAGGGGGGUUCGGAGUUUGGUAUAUGUUACGCGGACGAAAUUCUGGUUCAGCGUCUUUUGAAAGAUCCGACUCGUCUAUGUCGGAAGAAUCCGUGGAUCGUGGAAAAGAAGGGAAAGGGCCACCGCAGGAAUUCAACAAAAAGAAAUCCGAGGCAAAUGGCGGAUAUGUUAAGACGCCGAACAUUUAUUCGGCGGGACGUAAUGAUAAAUUGAGCCACAAUGUUGGAAUGCCUGGGACCAUUGCCGAUUUUUAAAUCGUCUGUUUCAGACCGGUUUAGACAAUUUAGGGAUAUUACGAACAUUCUGAUUGUGUAUAUUACUCUUAAUUGGUUUAUAAAUUUUAAAGUCUGUGAUAUCGUAUAGUUGUUUGGUCUUUCGGUAUUUUAUUUAUACAUUUUGUACAUAUGGUAAUGUAAUUAAAAUUUGAUUAAUGGGGCAUUCCAUAUCUAUUGAAAAUCAGCAGUGAUUAUUUAUUCUAUUUUCUUCUCAGAAUAUAUGCUUAAUUGUAUAAAGGGAAUGAACAAUGUAUUUUAAAUGAAAUAUGAAAUGACCUUGUGUACUUAAAGUGACAUUAUGCCCAUGCAAGUGUAAGUGGUGAGUGUUUAAGUAAAAUUAAAAUAACUUUACAUUUUGUCAUACUUGUUUCAAUUUAAAAAAAAAACAGUCACCAGAGUAAUCAAUAACCCCAAUAAGCCAAAUUAGACAAAUGUUUAUAUAAAUAUCCUUGGGAAAUUAUUGGUAAUGUUCAAUUUGAUAGAGAGAAUGUGACAGUCUUUUAUAUUUCAGGCAGUUUUUAUAU